AUGGCGGCCUACAAGGUGCUUCACGAUGCGUUAAGAUUGAAUCAUCAUUUUUUUACAGCCUUUAGGACUACAGACAAAAUUACCUCAUUAUAUCGUAGGAUAAGUACUAAAGAAAUCUCUGUAGAAGUAGAAGUAGGUGGAAGGCCUCUGCGUUUUUCUACUGGAAAACUAGCUUUCAUUGCAGAUGGUUCAACCGUUGCUCAGUACGGGGAUACCUCAGUUUUGGUCACAGCUUCAAGCUCCAAGACACCUACAGAAAAUGCCUUCCUACCUCUUGUGGUUGAUUACAGAGAAAAAGCUUCUGCAGCAUGUCUUAUUCCUGCCAAUUUUCUCCGAAGAGAAUUAGGUCCCAAUGAUAGGGAAAUUCUUGUGUCCAGAUGCAUAGAUCGAUCAYUGAGGUCUUUGUUCAUGAAAGGUUACUUUUAUGACACACAGAUUAUGUCGAACCUUUUAGCAACUGAUAGACUUAAUGAUCCUGACAUAGCAGCAAUAAAUGGAGCAUCAGCGUCGUUAGCUAUAUCAGAUAUACCAUGGAGAGGACCAGUUGGUGCUGUUAGAAUAGGAGAUAUUGAUGGAGAGCUUGUUGUGAACCCAUUGCCACAGGAUAUGGACAAGAGUCAACUCAAUCUUGUGGUAACAAGCAGUGAACACAAAAUUAUCAUGAUAGAGGGAUCAGCAAUGGAGAUAGAUGAUGCUAGAUUCUGUGAAGCUGUUAAACUGGCACAUCAGGAGUCUCAACCAAUUAUUAGUGCAAUCAAAGAAUUACARUCAUAUGCUGGGAAAGAAAAAAGAGAAUUCAAUCCAUUUGUUCCACAAGAAGAAUUCAAUAAAGCCGUAGACAAAUAUGCUGCAGGAAGACUAGAUGAAAUAUUUUCAAACUUCAGUUUCACAAAGAUGCAAAGAGAUGAACAAAUUUUCAAGUUACGAGAUGAGUGUAUUGAAAAAUUCCAAGAAGAAUUACCUGAAACCAGCAAGUUAUUAAUAGAGCAAGCAUUUUAUAAUAUUAGUAGAGCGGUAUUAAAAAAGAAUAUUAUGGACAAAGCUCAAAGGUGUGAUGGCAGAAGUUUCAACCAACUGAGAGACAUCAAAUGUGAAUUAAACUUAUUUGAUACCCUACAUGGUUCUUGUUUGUUUGAUAGAGGAGAAACACAGGUGUUCUGCACAGUAACCUUUGGAUCUGUUGGUGCGGCAGCUAAAACGGACAAUGUCUCAGUUGCUUURGGCAGUUCAAAGGAAGCAAAAAAACAUAACAUCUUUCUCCAAUUUCCACCAUUUGCAACCAAUGAGAUAAAAAGACCAGGCAGAGCUGGUCGCAGGGAAAUUGGUCAUGGCUCAAUUGGAGAGAGAGCAUUAAUUCCUGUACUUCCAAAAGAAAUGCCUUUUACUCUAAGGCUAACAUCRCAAGUACUUGCUUCUAAUGGUUCUUCAUCAAUGGCUUCAGUUUGUGCUGGUAGUUUAGCCAUGAUGGAUGCAGGUAUACCAAUAGAAAAGCAUGUAGCUGGUACAGCAUGUGGACUGGUAACUAGUGAUGAUGCAAAUGAUGCURCAAAACCUGACGUUGAAGAAUAUCAGAUGUUGACAGAUAUACUGGGAAUAGAGGAUUACCUUGGUGAUAUGGAUUUUAAAAUAGCAGGAACACGACAAGGAAUAACAUCUUUACAAGCAGAUUUCAAAGUCCCUGGCCUUCCAAUGCAUAUAAUAGAAGAAGCUGUUAAACGAGGCUCAGAGGAUCGAAUCAAAGUAUUAGAUAUCAUGGAUAAUGUAAUAAACGAAGCAAGACCGACAAGGAAAGAAAACUGUCCAACAUCAGGUAUAAUUACUGUUCCUGCYGCGAAGAGAGGUAAACUUAUAGGUCUUGGUGGGAUGGUGAUAAAAGGAUUGGAACAAGAGCUAGGAAUCACCCUCACACAAGUAAACGAAGAAGAAUAUGCUUUAUUUGCACCCAAUAAAGUUACAUACAAUGAAACAAUCAAAAGAAUCGAUGAACUCUUAGUGGAAAAGAGCAUCUUCGAGGACUURUCCUCACGUUUAGAAGUGGGAGCGAUUUAUCAAGGUAGAAUUGUAGAAAUAAGGGCAUACGGUGUGAUGGUGGAGGUAUUCCCAGAUUGUCCAACCGUGCUACUUCACUCAAAAGAGCUUGAUCAUCAACAGGUUCAUCCAGAAAGACUUGGUUUCAAGAAAGGUGAUUCAUUAACCUUCAAAUACCUCGGAAUUGACAAAAUUGGACGAGUUUUAGCAUCAMGAAAAGCAGUUCUUCCACCUUCUGCUAAACCUUCUCGACACCCAAGAAACAGAACUCGUAGCUUUAGGAAGGAUAAAACAGAGCAUGGGGACAAUAUUCUGAACUAUCUUGACAGAAAUGAUCGAUGAUAUAUCUAUUGAUGUGUUAGUGGUGUGAGGACUCUUAAGCUACGGAUGUAAAUAUCAUUCUCGUAUGUAUCAAUGUUAAGACCUUAGCCUGAGGGUGAUAAGAGAACUGACCCAGGCACGCCCCACCCCGCCCACCAGUCRAAAGCUUAACAUUGAUAGAUGCAUUUAUGAUAAAGCAGUUUUAGAUUAUUUUAUAUGCUAUGUGUCAAUCAAUCCUUAAAGAAAAUCUAACAGGAAGGGCCGAUAA